UAUGUAACCCUGCCUGGUAGCGAUGCCACACUGUCUCAGAGCGCGCGCGCGGAUAGCACACUGAAAGCACCCUGCCGCACCUAUAGGAGCGUUUGCUCGCGGUCCCAGAAGAUGGUCUGAACUCACGCGCUUUCCACCCCUUCAAGAGCUCCCGCGGAGUGCCGCAAUGUUGACUAGGCUGUUCAGUGACCCGUCGCUGCUUCCCGACAUGCAUAAGUAUUCGGCCUGGGCAGAGGACAGCGAGAGCGAGGACUCGAAGACCAAGGAUGAUGARGAUCACUGCCGCGUGGRCGAUGACGACAUGGAUGUCCCGGACCUGAGAAGCAGCCGGGCACAUUCUGAGAUCGGCGGUGAAGACGAGGACGACGACGAGGCGGAUGAGGACGAAGGAGAGGACGGUGCAGAGGGGGACGGGCCCAAAAAACGGGGCCCUAAGAAGCGUAAAAUGACACCUGCGCGUAUCGAGCGMUCCAAGUUGCGUCGUCAGAAGGCAAACUCRCGGGAGAGGACGCGCAUGCACGAYCUGAACUCUGCGCUCGACAAUCUGCGUAAAGUCGUGCCCUGUUACUCMAAAACGCAAAAGCUCUCCAAAAUYGAGACUCUCCGUUUGGCCAAGAACUAUAUCUGGGCCCUCUCUGAGAUCCUGCGCUCCGGGAAGAAGCCUGAUCUUGUGUCCUACGUGCAGACGCUGUGUAAAGGACUGUCCCAACCCACGACCAACCUGGUUGCSGGUUGUCUGCAGCUCAACUCCCGAAACUUCCUAACGGAGCAGUGUCCGGAGGGGGGACGCUAUCCCGGCUCCAACUCCUUCUCCAUGCAUCCGUACCCCUACCAGUGCUCCCGCCUCUCCAGCCCUCAGUAUCAGUCUGGUUCCAACUCGCAUCCCUUACGGACACAMGGSUACUGCUCAGCCUACGAYUCRCUGUACGGUGGCAGUGGAUCUCCAGAAUACAACAGCCCAGAGUAUGAGGGGCCCAUCUCCCCUCCCGUGUGCAUCAAUGGCAACUUUUCUCUKAAGCACCAGGGCACUACGUCCCCCGAGGUAGCCGAGAAARGCUAYCAUUACUCUAUGCAUUACUCCGGCCUGGCCRGCUCUCGCCCCACUGCUGGCCACAUAUACGGUUCUUCAGGKGUGCGGAGCAGCAUCCACUCYGAAAACGUAUCGCCUUACCACGACAUGCACCUGCACCACGAAAGGGCCCCCGUCCCCGUAUACGAUGAACUCAAUGCGUUUUUCCACAACUGAAACGGCAGUGAUAUUGCCAUGCGUGGGAGUCUUCUUGCAAUCAACAAUCAAUUAGUUGCCCACCUUUGGCAAGGAGCGUGCACGGUCACCCCCCAGCCCCUACCCUUAAACUUAGUCUCAAAGGACUAUGACACCAGACACUGAUCAUUGCGGAAACAGCGUUUUAUUUAUUGUUUUUCUAUGUCCUUUUAUAUAAUUGUAUUUAUUUUGUUUCUAUUCUGUGACGAUGGGAUGCUGUGAAAAUGUUGCAUUUGAAAUGGAAUGUGUACAGAUUUGACGGUGAUUGACGUAUGGGUUAUUAUUGAAAUUGCUAGAUGAACAGAGUUAAAAUGCAACCGCAUAGCCGCAUUUAUAACAUUGUAACAACCGAUGAUGCUGUAACUAAUUUGGAAAUAAUAGCCUAAUAUGAAAAUAGAGGAUUAAAUUAAGAAGCAAGCAGUGCACUUAAAAGCAAGCAUGUCGCAGAGAUAGGAAGAUAUAUAUUUUUAAAUGUCGACAAUUGGCAACAGCUAUGUCAGAAAAUUAAACAUAUUUCACAUCUAUGCAAGAAAUAGCCUACGCCAAACGAGUAUACAAGGACCAACUAUAGGCUAUAUCUAAAAUAGUAUACAUUAAAUCAUUAAUUUAAUACUUCUCAACAAUAUCAUUUCAUUGCUUCUCGGCCCCUAUUCUGACUUGCCAUAACACACACGGGGGGAAUUGCUUGACGUCUAUUUUUUCUAUUGAGGGACAUGGAUUCAAGUCACCAUAAUGACACAGAGAAUACAAUUUUCGAUCCCUAGAAUACCACCAAUGGAUAAGGAAAAGCAAAGGAAAAGCAAACAAUAUUUGGCAGAGUAGGCCUAUAAGGCUAAAGCCAACAUUUUAAAUGAAUGAUUCUAAAGAAGCAGAUAUGGGCUCAAGUCGUUCUAAUGUAAACGAUUCGAUAGUGUUUACGUUCAUUAGAUUAGGCUACCUUUAAUGGAUUUGCACGUUUGCACUAAAUUUGAGAUGUCAUUCAAAUGCAAUCGAAAAUGGUUUAAUGUAAGCCUUUAUACAUCUACUGGCCUUUAUACAUCUACAAUCCUGUCAGUGACUGAACGGAGAAUGGGAUAGGCCGACAAUAAAAUAUGCUAAACACAAUAUUUCAUGUCAUGCCACAGGAAUAAAUAUGGCAAGUCAAGUAACUUUCUAAUCCAUCGAGCACAUUGACUUGUUGAAUGGGCCUAUUUCUAAAAGUGUAAGGGCCAGGAUUUAGCACUCAAUUUCGAAAUAGUCGAAGUUAUAUCAGAAGGUCGGUCGAUAUAUUGCACUGAAAUAACAUGACUAUUAUUAUUAUUGUUGUUAUUAUUUACAAACAGUAUUAUUUAAUGCAUCAUUUUGCCUAUAAUAACUAAUCAAUGCAAAUAUUUCCACUAAGGGUCCCCAGAGUCGUCAACAUGUGUUGCAUUUUUCAUUGAAAGUGAAAGUUAAAACUUUGUAUUUAAACAGUGUGUGUGUGUGUGGUAAAAUAAAACGAUAAUACAUGAAA